UCAAGGUUUGAAGAGCAGAGAACACAAGCAUCCAAUGGCUUCUAAAAUUACAGUAAUGCCCUUUCACACACUGAGUGUGACAAUAUUGGUGGUGUUGGUUCUUGUGCAUUUGCAUGGAACAGAAGCACAACAGCAGCCAUUGGUGCAGGGGCUUUCUUGGAAUUACUAUCAAAAAAGCUGUCCAAAAUUGGAAUCAAUUAUUAAAAAACAGUUGGAGAAGGUGUUCAAGAAGGAUGUGACUCUUGCUGCUGCUCUACUUAGAGUUCACUUCCAUGAUUGUUUUGUUCAGGGUUGUGAUGGUUCGGUGUUGUUGGAUGGAUCGGCUAGUGGACCCGUUGAUAGCGAAAAGACUGCACCACCAAACUUAAGCUUGAGAGGUUAUGAUGUCAUUGAGGAUCUUCGUAGUCGGGUUAACAAAGAAUGUGGUUCGAAUACUGUUUCUUGUUCCGAUAUUACUGCUAUUGUUGCUCGUGACGCCAUUGUCUUGACUGGUGGACCACAAUAUAAAGUUCCACUAGGCCGAAGAGAUGGAGUAACAUUCGCCACAAGAAAUGCGACACUUGCAAAUCUUCCAUCGCCAUUUGUCCCAACGGGCACACUGCUAACGAACCUAGCGCUCAAGAACUUUGACGCCACCGAUGCUGUGGCCUUAUCUGGAGCCCACACCAUCGGUGUCGCGCAUUGUACUUCUUUCACUCGACGUCUUUACCCUACACAAGACACAACCAUGGAUAAAACCUAUGCUAGCAACCUUAAACGUGUAUGCCCGAAUGCUAAUACCAAUGCAACCACAAACAUGGAUCUUAGAUCUCCGAAUGUAUUCGAUAACAAGUACUUUGUUGAUCUCAUGAACAGACAAGCACUCUUGAUAUCGGAUCAAGAUUUAUACACUGAUAAAAGGACACGCUCUAUUGUUACAAGCUUUGCGGUUAAUCAAACAUUGUUUUUUGAGAAAUUUGUAGAUGUUAUGGUGAAGAUGGGGCAAAUGGAGGUGUUAACAGGCACACAAGGUGAAAUUCGUAAAAAAUGUUCGGUGCGUAACUCGAACGAGUUGCUUAUAUCGAGUGUUGUUGAAGGUGACAACAUGGGCAGUGUUGAGAGUCUUUGAGGUUUUGGAAAGUUCUUUGUAUGUUUGGUUGGUCAGAUUCAUGUUAUCGUUUGAUGUUUUCUGAUGUAUGCACUUUUUGCUUUGUGUUAACAAAAUCUUUUUCGACCA